UCUAAUGGACCAAGGAUGACAAAGACAAUGGGAUACCGAGACUGGAGAUGGCAGGCGCUUUGGUGGCAUCACUUCUUUCUCUUGUGGAGUAUAACAGACGCACAGACUCGUUACAGCAUCCCGGAGGAAUUAAAACAGGGCUCUGUGGUAGGAAAUCUAGCCAAAGAUCUUGGUUUGGGAUUAUCAGACAUUUUUAAUCGUAAACUGCGAGUCGCCUCCGAGGCUGGUAAGCAGUAUUUCACUGUGGAUGCGGGGAAGGGCGAGCUGGUGGUGAAUGAAAGAAUAGACAGAGAGGAUUUAUGUGCACAAAGCGCCAGCUGUGUUGUACCUCUGCAGGUUGUUAUAGAGAACCCGUUACAUCUGUAUCGAAUAGAGGUAGAAAUAAGAGAUGUCAACGACAAUUCCCCGAAUUUUCUCAGCAAAGAAAAAAAUUUGAAAAUAGCGGAGCUGACCGCGGUGGGUGCGCGCUACCCGUUGGAGACCGCACAAGACCUCGACGUGGGUAGUAAUUCACUAAAAUCGUACAGUCUCAGCAAAGAUGAAUGUUUUAGUUUAAAAAUUAAAGACUUGGCUAAUGGACGAAAAAUGCCAGAGCUUGUAUUGGAAAAACCGUUAGAUAGAGAAAAACAAAACAUCCAUACCUUACUGCUGACAGCGUUAGAUGGUGGAAGUCCUGUCAAAACUGGAACAUCGAAGAUUAUAGUGACCGUAUUAGACAACAACGACAAUGUCCCUGUUUUCAAAAAGGCUUUGUAUAAAAUAAGUCUCCCUGAAAAUAGUCAAAGUGGGUUAAUGAUUUUAAAGGUGGAAGCAACAGACGCAGAUGAGGGUAUUAAUGGAGAGAUUGAAUAUUCAUUUGCUGACCAUACACCAGAGACUAUGUUGUCUAUUUUUCAGAUAAACCCGGAAACAGGAGAAAUAAUGCUUAUUGGACAGUUAGAUUAUGAAAACGUUGCAAUACACGAGAUUGACAUUAACGCAAAAGAUAAAGGAAUUCCAGAAAGUGAAGGUCAUUGUCGUGUUCAAGUGGAGGUGGUGGACAUGAAUGAUAAUGCUCCAGAAAUUGUUCUUACUUCAAAACCGAGCCAAGUGCCCGAGGACGCACCGAGUGGCACUGUAGUUGCUCUGCUCACUGCUCGGGACCUUGACUCUGGUGAUAAUGGAAAGGUGACAUUGCAACUUCCAAAAGAUUCUCCUCUAACUUUGAAACCUUCAUUUUCUAAUAACUAUGCGCUGGUGACACGGGGUGCUCUAGAUAGAGAGAGUUACUCAGAGUAUAACAUUGAAAUCACAGCCACUGACUCAGGCUCCCCCCCUCUCUCGAGUAAAAAAAUAAUUCCAGUCAGCAUCACUGAUGUGAAUGACAACCCUCCUGUAUUCUCUCAGCCCUCCUAUAAUGUGUAUUUAAAAGAGAAUGGGGUACCAGGAUCUAUACUGUACUCAGUAUCAGCCUCUGACCUGGAUUUUGGUGAGAACGCUAAAAUCUCUUACUCUAUACUGGACUCUAAAGUGCAGGACGUUUCUGUCUCGUCGUAUGUUUACAUUAACUCAGAUAACGGCAGCAUCUACAGCAUGCACUCGUUUGACUAUGAGAAACUGAAGGUGUUUCAGAUUCAGGUUCAGGCAAAGGAUCAGGGCUCUCCGUCUCUCAGCAGCAACACCACCGUCCAUGUUUUUAUCCUGGACCAGAACGACAACGCCCCCUCUGUUAUUUACCCCUCCUCCGCUGUCCUGGGCUCCCUCUCUCACCAGAGGAUGCCCCGCUCCGCUAAAGCAGGUCACCUGGUCACUAAGGUGACGGCCGUGGACGCGGACUCGGGCCAUAACGCCUGGAUCUCCUACAAAGUGGCGGAGGCCACAGACGCCUCUCUGUUCACUGUCAAUCUGUACACAGGGGAGGUGAGGACUAAACGCGCUGUGUCCGAGCAGGACGACUCCUCUCAGAGGCUGCUUAUAGAGAUCAAGGACGACGGGGACCCGGUCCAGUCCUCCACCGUCACGGUGUCCAUCCAGCUGGAGGACGGUCUCCAUGAGCCCAUCUUAGACCUCCGACAGAAAGUGACCGAGCCCAGCAAGAAAACUGGGAGAAUCACCUUGUAUUUGAUUCUCUCUCUGGCCUCGGUGUCCGUGCUGUCGCUGGUGACUUUUCUCAUCUUAGCGGUUAAAUGCAUCCGGAGCAGCAGAAGCAGCGGUAGUUGCUGCAUGAGACAGGGGGACUAUGAUGGUUACAAGAACCCCAACAGAAACCUGCAGAUUCAGCUGAACACUGAUGGACCCAUAAAGUACGUGGAGGUUAUGGGAGGAGACAUGUUGUCUCAGAGUCAGUCCUUCCGGUCCUGUAUGUCUCCAAUGUCCGAGUACAGUGACUUCACUAUGAUUAAGCCCAGCAGCACCACUGACUUUAAGGAGGUGAUCAGUGUCCUGGAUGCGUCUUUACCGGACAGCACCUGGACCUUUGAGAGCCAGCAGGUGAGCAUGGUGUAA